CCGAAUUAUAGCCACCCUACCCAAAACGUGGCACGGUUUGGCGUCGUCUCGUGACAGGUGGACACUGCUGCGACGUCGUUUUCCGGAUUACCAAAAACAGACAUCUGCCUUGCGGAAGAACGAAAGCGGAGAAAAUCCAGCGCCACAAUGGGAGCGUCAUCUUCGUCAGAGCAGACGACGGUUCCGAUUGAGCAACGAGAGGCCGAAACCCUAGCAGCCUCCACCGGAGCUCUUUCUACGCUUCAGAAGUGUUUCUCUAACCUCGCCGAUCCUCACUCCGGUGCUAUUCCCUACGACUCUCUUCAGCAAUGCUUUCGGUUAAGUUACGAGAAUCCGGUAUGCGAAGGUCUUGCAAUUCCGGUAUCAUUUCCGGGAGUGCUGGAUCAUGUUGGAUGCUGCAUAGCGGAGCUGUUCUUCGUGACGGAAAAAGGGGGAGUGAGUUGGAUUGAGUUCGUUAGAGGUUACAAUAGGUGUUGUGCAAGAAAGACUUUGUCCAUGUCUGUCACUAGUUUGCUGAGAGUGUUUAGUGUGGCACUUAAGAAAGCCGGUUUGCCUUGUAAUUUGGAAUUUGAAACUGGUGAUGAUGAUUGUAAGAUUAGCGGGUGGCUUAUGCCUGUGGAUGUGCUUAUGCUUCUUUGGAUGUGUUGGGCCAUGUCUUGGUAUUCUAGGACUAGAGAAUUUCCGAGAGAGAAAGGCAAGUUGUGUCUGCCGGAUGUUAAGCAUAUUGUGUUGUCGGCUAUUGAAUCAUGUGCCGAAGCUGAAAGUGGACUGAAUGUUUGGGACUGUGAGCUUUCGGGUUUGGAAGUUCAACUUCCUGUGGGGAAGUUUCUUACUUGGGUUUUGAAGACAGUGUCUACUCUCCCUGGUUGCUUUGCCGAGUUUGUGUAUGCAGUACUCAAACAUUCUGCUUCUCAAGAGGCUGGACUGGAAUGUUCGACUUCUUCAGCUGCAGUUACUUCGUCAACUAUGGCAUGCAGUUCUAAUCUUUUGACCCCUGGAAUAGCCUGGGCUGUUUCCCUCACACUAACAGGCCCUCUAAGUGAAGAGAUCUCAAGGGCAUGCUUCCCUUCAGAUGCUAAUGGAAUAAAUAAUGACCUACUUUACAGGUCACAUCUUCAUGGGAGAGGGUUGAAUAGAUUCUGGUCUAAUGUUCAAGGUUACCAAGGUCCACUGCUUGUUCUGAUUUCUGCAACCUCAGAAGAUGGUAGUGCCAAUAAAAGAAAUUGGAUUGUAGGUGUUCUCACACAUCAAGGUUUUGAGAAUAGGGAUCUCUUCUAUGGAAGUUCAGGAAGUCUGUACGCUAUAAGUCCAGUCUUUCAUGUGUAUCCACCUACUGGAAAGGAAAGGAACUUUGUGUAUAGCCAUCUCCAUCCCACUGGCAAGGUGUAUGAGGUGAAACCGAAGCCUGUUGGAAUAGGAUUUGGUGGAACUCUGGGAAAUGAGAGAAUUUAUGUGGAUGAAGAUUUUUCUAAGGUUACCAUUCGCCAUCAUGCAGCUGACAAAACUUAUCAGUCUGGCUCCCUCUUUCCUGAUCAGGGCUUUCUACCUGUUGAAGCUUUGAUCACAGAAGUUGAAAUUUGGGGACUUGGUGGAAGGGGCGCAAAGGAUGUGCAGGAUUCAUAUAAGAAUAGGGAACAACUUUUCACUGAGCAAAGACGAAAGGUUGACUUGAAAACAUUUGCAAACUGGGAGGAUUCACCUGAAAAGAUGAUGAUGGACAUGGUCUCCAACCCCAAUGCAGUUCGACGUGAAGACCGGUAAAGACACCAUGUCUGUGAACUGUAUUUUACUUUCUGGCUGGUCAAAAUGUAAUUGUAUUUACAACAAGGAGAUCAGUCUGUUGGGCAAAUGAUGAUAGCUUUGUGUAUCACUAGAUAAUGUGUGUAAAGAAACUCAAAAUGAAGUGUGUGAAACAGUUGUAUGUCGCAUUAGUUUACAGCUUGUAUGCUUUUACACAGCUCACUGAAUUUAUCAAUUCACAUCUCAGGCCGUACCUUACAUUUUGGGCA